AUGUCUGUCUCGCCAGAACACGUUUCACAGAUCCUGUCGUAUCUGCAGCUCCCGGCAUCCGAGACGCUCCCCUCGCCGCCCCUCGAGUUUCUUACCAAAUACAUCCAAAAUCUCCCGUCAUCGCUCCUCGAACCCUUCUCCUUCAUAUCCCCCAAAGAGCGCACCUCAAUACCGACAAUAAAACGCCGCCGUCUCAUAUACUCCACAACCUCUCCCUCAUCUCUAUCUUCCGCGCAAGGCCGUCUUCGCUGGCCGCUUCUCUGGGAACGUCUCGGCGGCGACCCAUUCGCCGAAACGUCCCAAAACGCAGAGGACGAAGCUGCCUGGGCCAACUCUUCCUUCAUGCAGGGAACUGUAGGGAACCAGCAAGUGAGAAAGCUGGGCGGGUUUUUGAGAUUGAUGGAGGAAGAUAGAGAGGCGGAAGAUGUGAGGGCUGCGAAGCGGAUGGAGAGGAGACUGGAUCAAGUAGGGGAAGAGUUUGAGGAGGAGAGUGAUGAUGAGGAAGAUGAGGCGAAUGGCGGGGAGCCGAGGGUGGAAGUGGCUGAGGAUCAGGCAGAGGUAAAGAGGGUAUUUGAGAGGCGGUUGUUGGAGCUCUUUCUCGAUGGCUUGGAUACCCUCGAUUACUCUCCAAUAGACUUUGAGGAUCCUCCGGGCGGUGAUCCCAUAGCAAUAAGGGACGCCGAAGAUCGAUACUUUGAGGACGAAUCUCCCAGCCGGACACCCAAUGGCACCACCCAAGGGAAUUCCCUCCGGUCUGUUCCCGCCAACGCUGAUGAGAAGAGUGUACAGAAUGGGCAGGGGGACUAUGAUUAUUGA